ACCCAAAUCUUCUCUAAAUGGUGUCUAAGUCCCUCCUGGACUUAACCCUAUCUUUGCACACUCAUCAGACCACUUCUGAAACCUUAAGACUCUCCCAAAGCCUUAACAUACAAUCUCUGAAGAUCUUGCCAUGUCUUUGCACAAGCAACAAGUCAACUCAUCACUUUUGCUUCUCCACUUCUUCUCUUCAAGUUAACAAGAAUGACUACUACAACCCCAGUAUUGACGCUUACACCAGACAAAAUUUGCAUACAUAUGAGUAUGAUGAAGACUAUGAGGAAGAACGAGCCAUUGAGUAUAGAGCCAUCCUUGAUGAUGAAGAUAAACUCUUACACCAUUCCUCUCAAAAUGGACUGCACCAUCGAUCGACAUGACGAGCUGGCCAUCGAUCGACACUCAACCUCAACAACGAUGUCAAAAGCAAGCAUCGACCUACACUACCUACUUCAAAUAGCUCGAAACUGAUUUCAACUCUGUGCGAGACGGAGACUACUCGAUUAGUAGUUGGGCAGAUAAACACCACCACGAGAGCUUUGCAGUAGAAACAGUAAGCUACAUACCAGGAGCAGAUAAACUACAAGAUAGCUUCACAGACGAAAGGCUGCUCAACAUGCAAAAGCGUGAUGAUACAUAUCAGAUUCAAGCAGAAGCUGCCUGGGAAAGAACUCGUUUCAGCCAAACGAUCGACACUCGUCAUCAGCAAUCAAUCGAUAAGCUUCCUCAACAAUCGAUCGACAUCAACUAUACCACAUCGAUCGACAACCAUUCAAUACCGAAAAUCACUGUAAGCGAAAAAGAUAAAUUAGAUAACCAGUAUCUAACUCGAGAUGAAGUUGGUACUUUCAAGGAUCCUAAUGGCUUCGCAAAAGCAAUAGACGGCCGCACACUACACGUAUCUCGAGAAGAUAUCGCAUAUAUCCUUUAGACAACCAAUGAAGCAAAUAAUAUGUUCAUGCAUUAACGCAGCAACAUCGAACAGAAGACUACGAAAGAGUUAUAUGACAUAGCUGGUGGCAUAGAAAACAGAUUCAAACAACGAUCUUGCCUUACAAAUCAUCCAUCGAUCAACAUAGACGUUUUAAUGAUCACCAGACAGCCAAAAUUCAGGAGAAGAGCUUUUGACCUUUAUGGUAACAGGAAAUUUUACUGGGAAGAGAAAGAUGAGUAUGUAGUCUACAGAGAUGAUCGAGAAUUUGCCAGAGAUCUAGAUGAACACUCCAUCUCAAUUCACAACAAGGAUAUCAGAAGACUUCUGGAAAGAGCUUCAAGAGAUGAGCCAGCCUACAUAUGUCUUCCUGAACAUGCUAGCUCAUUCACACUGACAAAGUUGGUACCAGAGAUCUACACUAAGGACGAGAUCAAUGAGAUGUUCUAUGGCGUAUGUGGUGAACAUGAAAGGAACAAAGAAGCCUUCCAGAUGAAGCUUGAUGGUGUCUACUAUCCAUUGAAUGAUAGUAUAAGUUGGCUAACUACUACAUGGAGGAGAUGAAGCAAGACAUAGCCGAAUUCAGAAUGCGACCGACACUGUUCGACCUCCAUCGCUCGACAGAAGAUGACCACAAUCGAUCUACAGCAGACAAUCACCAUCGCUCGACCGACACCAUCACAAAUCGAUCGACAACCGCCUGGCCGAAUCGAUCGACAACCGCCUGGCCGAAUCGAUCGACAACAAUCCGCCAAGCCCACACACAAUUAAGUCUCAACCGGAUUUCAACACAAGAGAAGAGAUAGAUCAGUUUGUAGAAGGGAUCUACAGAGCUCUGGAAACUACAGAGGAGAGGCCUAAUGGGAGAUGUGAUGACAUCUAUUUCCAAUGAACCUUACCAUCAGUGCAUUGACCUCCAAGGUUGAAGCUAUACAAGGGGAUUUGGUGGAGAGUCAGAGUUACAUUGCACGCCGACCAGAAACAUCGAUAUCGAUCGACAUGCGCAUCAACAAAUCGAUAGACACCAAUCAUUCAGCAUCGAUCGACAGUGAUACAAACCGAGGCCGGCUAGUAGCAAAGACGACAUCCAACACGUCCAACACACCAUACCAUGGAAAGGAGAUCUCAGCUGAUACUUACGCCACACUUACCAGACAUGAAUUCAACCUUGAGAGUCUUGGUGAAAGAUUGCAGAGGACUGAAACACACAACUGCAGCAAUAAAGGAUAAAUGGCGCAGAGGGGAUGAAGCAAUGAGAGGCUUCACUGGUACAUGGUUCAACAAGCGCAAAGAGGGGAUGGAUACUUGUUUUCCAACAAGUCCCAGUUCUCAACACUACUAGCCAAAACACCUCCAAAGUCAAGCUAAAUGACUAUAACAAAAGCGCUGAGUGGGAGGCAACCCACUAUUAGGUAAUAUUUAUUAAGUUUUCAUUGAUUUACUAUUUAUGUUGGUUUUUAAUUCUUGCAGGUCAUAAAAAAAAGACAAAACAAAAAGACGAUCCGAGUAGACGAUUGCCAUCUGUAUCGACCGAUGCGAACAAGUCGACAUCGAUCGACAUUGCCUUACCUGCGUCGACCGACAUCAACAUCCUUACAUCGGUCGACAUCUAUUCCGGUCUGGUAUAUCGUUCCUACUUGUUACAUUGGGUCCUUAUGAUUUAUUUCUCACCAUAACUCCGACUGAAUUUACAUUGGGGACAGUGUAGUUUAAGUCUGGGGGGAGGUUUACUGAUAUUUAUUUACUUAUUAGUUUUAUUAAAAAUGUUCUCAAAUUAAGUUAUUAUUGAGUCAAGAAAGGGAUUAUGAACUUAUAGAUUUUGCUAGAUAUCUAACCACUUUUUAGCACCAUUCUAGACUUACUGAUUGCAGAUAGUACUAGAGAUACUAAAGUGGAUCAACCUGUCAACUAACCACUCUUACUAAGAUUGUUUUGAAGGAACCAAAGCUGACCUCCAACAAUAAACCUGACACAACUGCUUGUCUUGGGGCUUGGUAUACAUGAGAUUGGAUUCUUCAAACAAGUCUUGAAGGUAAAGCCUUGUGUAUCUAGAUUUAUCACUAUUUUGAAGGAAGGAAUUCGAACAAGACUUGGUGGCUACAACCAUUAAGGCUUGCUUCAUAAGAAUUUAAUAAGUAAAGGAUUAGAACAUGACUUGGUGGCUACAACCAUUAAGGCUUGCUUCACAAAUUAUCCUAGGAUAUAGGUCAAAAAGAAGUGAACAGGACUUGGUGACAACCACCAUUAAGGCUUGAUUCAUGGAAGCAUGUCCAAUCUUGGUUAAUGAUCUUGCAUAUAAGCAGAUUUUUAACCAAGAGAGAAAAUUAGUAGAGAGAGUGGAUAAGAACUAAUGUUUACCUGCAGGUCUAGAUACUUGUUUGAAAAUCUUUGAAUCAUGUGAUCGAUACUCCCAAGGUAAAGCCUUCACUUUUAUUUUAUGCUAAGAAAUGACGUUGGUAGAGGGGAAUGAAAGACAAGAUUAUGCUAAGUUGUUGGCUAGAUGAAUUUGGUUGCAAAGCUAGGAUAUGGUAUGAUGUGCUUUUCUGAUUAUGAUUUCUUAGAUGUGGAUUGCAAUAUUAUAGAGGUGAUGAUUCUAAGUUUUAAAUCAUGUGAGUCCCUGCUGUUUAUAAAACCUCUUUCAGAGAGACAGCCUGUUUGUUUUGCUUGAGGACAAGCAAAAGGGUAAGUCUGGGGGAGUUGAUAGACUACGGAUUUGCCCCAUUUUCAUCCAUAGUUUAUAGGUGUUUUUACUAAUAUUUAUAUUAUUAUAGAAUCUAUUUAUUAUAUUUAUAAGAUCAGGAAUGUUUUGAAGAUAAGUGAUGAUUUUUGAGCAUUUUGGAGAUAUUUGGAGCAAGCACCCGAGAUGACCAUAGAGAUCGACAAUCGAUCGAUAUUGGAGGGAUAAAAUCGAUCGAUACACAAGUCAUAGUGUCGAUUGAUAGCGAAACGCUCAGAAAUUCCAUUUGGUCAAAGCCGACUUGAAGCCCAAUAUUUCACUAUUUUACAAGAUUGCCCCUAAAGUGUUUUACCCUAAUUAUAUAAGCUUUGCCGCCAUGUUAGAGGCAGACAGUGCUUUCUUUGUGUUUCAUUGUUUUAUUGAUAGAUAGGAGAGAAGAUACAAAGUUAUAAUUUAUGAUUGGAACUCCAUUGAUAUUUAUCUUAUUUAUUCUACGAAGUUUUUAUACUUAACUAUUGUCUGAGUAGUUCUCUUGUUAGAUUUUAGGGUUUAAAUAGGUUAGAAGAGAUUAGCCUCAACUAUAGAAUGCUGAGUUCUGAUAAUCAUCUUUAGAAUUUUUUAUUAAUGCAUGUGUCUAGAUUAGCUACCUAGAACUUGCCCUAGGAUUGAUUGAUAAAAGCCAUAGCUAAUUCUCAUCCUGAAAACAUUCUAAUUGAACUUUGUUUCUUGCUAUGAGCAAGGCAAGAGAAAAUCUAGUAAGCUUAAUAAUCAUUCAUUCAACAUGCACAUAAAGCUUGACUAGAGCGCGUCGAUCGAUAUCAUACUUGAAUAAUCGAUCGACGGUGCAAAAGGUGUAUUGAUCGAUACACCCAUUGGAAUAUCGAUCGACACUUUCUAUAGAUCAAUAUAACGAGAGUUGAGAUCAUUGAUCUAGUUAAUAGUCAACAAGUCAAUGCUUGCAAAGGCCGAAAUACUUGUUGAUCAAAUAGUUGAUCUUUAUAUUAUCAUGCAUGCAACUCAUUAGGCAUCUAUAGGAUUAUAAUUCCAACUUUCCUGAAUAAAAACCUAAGUCUAGUUAUUUCCUUUUUAAGCACCAAAACCCCAAAACUUGCUACUGAACAAAUACUUGUUCAAUAUAAAACUGCAAUUUACUUUUAAAACUCUUAAAACAUCUUGCUUAACAAAUCAUAAUAGAAUCUCUAGGUUCCCUAGCUCCCUGUGAAUUUGAUCCCUAAGUACUACAACUCGACCUCUUAUUUGAGAGAGUAUAAAUCACUCCUUAAGGUAAUUUGAGUGGUAUCAGUUUUGGGGAUUUAUUUUCUCAUCAGCGAUGGAGGUACGUGUUGGUUGGUGAAUAAUCUUUCGGAGUGGUUUUGUUUGUCAGACCUUGUCUCCGGUGUGGAGUGUUGAUGUUAGAUUUAGUUACCCUGUCACUUUGGUUGAUCCAUGCCCAUGGAACUGUCUAUGCUUCCAUGUGCGCAGGGCCGGGCUUGAAAAAUUUUGGUCCAGAGGAAAAUUUUUUUUUGGUCUCUUUAUCUUUAAAAGUCAGAGAAAGUAGUUAAAAUUUAUGUCUUAUGAAUCAAAGUCUUAAUCUCUAAUACGCAACCUGAAGUAUAUACCAGUAGAGCUAUGUAAAGUUGAUGAUAAUAUUGGCCCUCUAAAUUAGGGGUGGGCACUUCGGUUAUUUUAUCGGUUCGGUUCGAGUUUGGUUCGGUUUGGUUAGUUCGGUUCUAGAAUUUGUACAACUGAAGUAAACCAUAGUUAGUUUGGUUUGGAUCGGUUUCAGUUUGGUUAUAUUCGGUUCGUUUAAGUUCAGUUUGCUUUGUAUUCGAUUCAAUUUGCGUUUCGGUUUGGUUUAAUUGGAUUUCUCUUAGUUUAUUUUUGUGUGCAUUCAAGUUAGUAGUUCCACUUGUAGCAGGAUUGCAUGAAUAUGUUUUACCAUAGUAGUUGCAGGAACACCUCGAGUCAUCAUCUUCAAGCCUAGUAAAAACAUUCCAUGCAAGUGAUUUUGUAGGCAGUUUUCUUUUAGACUGGAGACUGUGUCGGACAAUCAAACUCUUUUCUUUUUUUGUUGGUCGUUUUUCCUUUAUCCAUCUACAAACAUAUGAAUAAUCGUUAGUAAGCUAAAAGAAUAAUUUGAUGUUUUCACUUUUCAGUUGUAUAAAUAUAUGUAACAAAUUCUUAGAACUUGAUAUUAAAAAUCUCACCUGAAGUUAUUAGAAUUCACACCACCAAAAGAAAAACAUAUGCAGGAAGGAGAGUAGGAGACGCAAAAAAAGAGACGCUGUGGAGAAGUUUGUUUUUAAUUAGACUUGGUUUAGGUUUUAGCUUUAGUCUUUAGGAUUUAAAAAUAUACGCUAUUGAAAAAAAGGAAAUUACGUGGGCGUUAUCUUAGGAUUUUAAUAUUUUGAUAUUUCUAAUAUUUUUAAUUUAAAUAAUUAUAAAACACUUCAGUGUAUUAGUUUGGUUCGGUUUUACCGUUUGGGUUGAAAAAAAUUUCAACCGAAUGAUUUUAAAUGAACUUUGGUUUGGAUUGAAUCGGUUUCGGUUCGAUUCGGUUUGGUUCGAUUCGGUUAUUUUGCCCACCCCUACUCUAAAUAUAUAACACUUAUUUGGCCCUGAUCCACAUGCUUUAUGUGCGUCUAUUCAAGCACGGCUCUUCAUGUCUAUUCUGACCAAACUUCUCCAUUAUAUUUCUCUUUCUUCCUUUCGUCUCGCCAUCUGAAUAUCACGAGUCUGGAUUUGAGCUAUCCAGUUUUGGGUCGUGUUGGAUUUGUUUGUUUUCGUUUGUGUUCGAUGUUCUCUAGUGCGGUCUGAAUUUAUAGAUAACAUCUUGUUUGCAAAAUAUAAUAGUUUUUGGAGUCAAAAAUAUUUUUAUAAUAUUUUAAUAAAAAAGAAGAAAGGACUUGGUAUCGAUUCUCACAACUUACUCACAUGCUGAGCUAGGAGAAAAAGAAACGUAAUCACAUGUUCCUGAAAACUGCCAAAAUGAUUUUGUGAUGUAUCCACAAUAUAUACAAUUAUUGAACAACUAGGACUUGGUAUCGAUUCUCACAAUUUAAUCAUGUGAUACUUAUCCACCAUAUACCCAAUUUGUGGUCGUUCCUUUUCUCUGGAAUUAUCUUUGGAGAAGAUAUUAUUAUUUUUUGGUAACUUCGUUAUCAUUAUAGCACCUAGUGCCCCUAGUUGUAAGGAUGGACAAAAUAUUUUGGAUCUGUGAUCCGAUCCGUUAUCAGUUAAUCCGAUUCAAAAAGUUCAGACAUUGGUCUCAUUUGUUCAGUUGAUUUAAAAUAUUGAAAAAAAUCCAAAUCCGAUUUGAAUCCUUUUUAAAUAUAAUUUUAAAUAUACAAAUUAUUCAUAUAAUAAAUUAAAAUAGUUUAAAUAUUAAAAUAUUACCAACACUAUAUUAUAUUUAUCCAAUGUUGAAGUAUUUUUCAAUAUCUAAAAUUUUACAAAAAUAACCUUAUUUUUCUGUAUGAUAAUUGUAUUUAAUUUAUUUUAUGUAAUAUUUAAUUUAUUUAUUAUUUUGAUAAUUUAAUAAUAUGAUUUAAUUAUUUUAGUAAAUUCCAUGGAUUUAGAAAUAUUUCUGUGUUGACAUAGGUAAAUUGGAAUAUAAUUUAAUACACUGCCUAUUUAGUAACAACAAUUCUUAUUAUCUCGUAUUUUUUAGAGAAAAAAUAUCUUUUUUAUAAAUAUUCUUUUUGAUCUAAAUUGAGAUCUAGUUUCUUCUUCGUUUUUUAGUUUUUAAAAGUUCUCAAGUGAUUAUAUUUCCAUGGAUAGAUCGCAAGAACUGCUGUUGUAGUUAAUGUUCAAUCAUUUCUACCCCUAUUGUUUGUUCAUGUUUUCUUUCAGAAGAAAGUAAUAUAUUUGCUAACCGAGAUUAAUAUCUUUUAUAUCCACAAAAAUUGUGUGCUAAAAUAAAAAGCCAUGAAGUUGCCAGAAUAACCACAAAAUGAGAAACAUGGAAAUUUUAUGUGAAUUUUUUUUUGUAAAAAGCCAUGAAUUUUCUACGAAUUAAACCGUGGAAACAAUAGUAACGAUAUUGCAAAAAAAAUUACCGUGGCAAAAUUGCAAUGAAAUAUAACAUAGAAACUCGUGGGAACUUUAGCAACAGUUUUCUAUAGUUUAAUCGUGGCUAAAAAUAUUUGCAGUAAAUAAUGUUAAAUUUAAUCAUGGCAAUUUCUUGGCUAGUCCACCAAAAAACGUCCCACCAAUCAUUUCGGGUACUGACAAUAGUAAAAAAUAAAAAAGCCACAAAUACAUGUCAUGGCAAAAUUCGUAGUAAGUAUCCAUAGUGCCAUACCAUCCGAUAGAAAAGGGCAGAAAAAUAUGUGAUAUAUUCAAAAAAAAAUUCAUGUAAACACUCGUCACAAAAUUCAUAUGGAUUUAUUUGUGAAAUAGCUAAGAAAAAAAAAUUAGUUUUGUAGAAAGAUGCUAGAGAGAUAGAAAAAGAAAAAAAUGAGAGAGGGUGUGAUUUUAGUUAGUUAGUAAAUUAUUGUUUUUUUUUAUAGUUAUCUCACACAAUUUUCCAAAUUCGUAGCAAUUUUUGAGGCAAACUUGACAAAAAUCAUGGCAAGAAUCAUAGGAAAAACCUGGCAACUAUUUUCUAUAAAAUCAAACAUGCCUUCACUCUCGUAUUGUAAGAAGCUUGAAACGUAAACUUAAGAGAAAUAAAUUUGAGAAUUCAGUGUCUAAUAAAUUUUAAGCAAGAAAGUGGAUGGAUCGAUACAUUUUGAUCUUAUCCAUAAUUAUGUUUAAAGAGAGUUUAUGGAAGGUGUUGAAGUAUUUAUCACAUUUGCUUCUAAUCAAAAUUCUUCAACCAGAGGAAACCCAUGUUAUGUCUUUGUGGAAGAUGUCAAAACCAAAAGAAAUGUGAUGCAAGAACAUCUUUGAGACUCAUCAACUGAUUCGGCUUCAAGGGUAAUUAAUGUAUUGUCAAGCUGUGGAGAAAAUUACUAUGAUGUUGGAGAAUCAUUAACGGCUGAUCAAUUUAUAAGAGAAGAAACACAGUAUGCUAAAGAAGAGUCAUAUAAGCAAAACAUAAAUGUUAAUAUGGGAGGAGACAUUGGGUCAACCCAUAUAUUGGAGAAUGCAAUGAAAGUACCUAAUGAUGAGGAAUAUUAAGAUCGAAGGUUUCAAACUUUUGAAGCCGCCAAUCAACCACUAUAUGAUAGAUGUAUUGAAGGAAUUACUCAAUUAUACUUGCCUUCAUGUUUAAUGAAAGUAAAAACCAAUCAUAAUUUAGUGGAGUCAUGUGUGGAUGAGAUAUCAUAAACUUUUAAAGAUGUUUUGCCACAACCAAAUAAAGCUUAUGCGUCAUAUUAUGAGACAACGAAGUUGAUGAAAGCGCUUGUCUCCAUGUUGUCAAGAUUGAUAUUUGUUAGGAUAAUCACAUGUUAUUUUAAGGAAGAUCAUCAGCUGUUAUUGUAUCGGUUUUGUGGAAAAAAUAGGUAUCACAAGAAGCAUGGGAAGGGAAAAAUCUUCUAAAACAAAGAAUGUUUUAUAUACCUAUUAUGGAGAGAUUGUAGCAUCAACUAGGCGAUUGCAUCACAAAUAUGAUGGCAUACAAAAUAUGUCUCUCAUGAAGGAUAAAUACAUCACCUUUCUGACUAAGCAACGUAGAAGCAUUUUUACGAGGUAUAUCCUAAUUUUGCUGCGGAAAAUUGAAUUUAUCUAAGAUUAUCAACAUAUGGAUUUAAUCCAGUUGGUAUAAACGGUGAAACACUAGGUCUGGCCCGUAAUUUUAACGCCAUAUAACUUACCUCCCGGUAUAUGUGUAAAACGAAAUAUUUAUUUUUAUCGGUACUAGUUUCCAGGCCAAGACAUCCAAAGAAGAUCAAUGAAAAUAAUCUGCAGCCGUUGAUUGAAUAAUUGCAAAGUUUAUGGAGUGAUAGGGUAAAAAGCAUAUGAUAUUCCGAAGAAGCAAAAAUUCACAAUCCAUGCCGCAUUAUUUUGGACAAUUAAUGACUUUCUAGGUUAUGACAUGAUGUCAGGUUGGAUGACUCAAGGUCUUUUAACUUGUCCAUAUAGUUUAUAUGAUAUGAAGUCAUUUUGGUUACAACAUGGAAGAAUACAUAGUUUCUUUGACAAUCAUUGAACGUUUCUGCCUAUGGGUUAUCUCUACAGGCGACAUGUCUAACCGUUGAGAUAAGGAAUAAAAUAACUGAUUCUCCUUUACUAUGGUUGACAGUAGAGAGGAAAUUCUUACUGACAGAAUAAACAACAUUGAAGGAGUGCACAAAACAGCCGAUUGUGGAGGAAAUGGACACAAGAACCUUUCUCGUAGUGUAUAUGAUUAAGGCAAAUAUAACAAUUGGGGGAAGAAGAUUAUAUUUGGGACUUUCCGUAUUAUAUGAACCUUUGUCUUCCCCACAACUUGGACUUCAUAUAGGUUGAGAAAAAGCUCUUUGAUGAUCAUAUUAGAACUUUUCUGAAUGUUCCCGGAAAGAAAAAAGCUAAUGCCAAGUAAGCGAUGGAUCUACCUAAUUUUUUCAUAAGACAAGAGUUACAUAUCAAAGCACCGUUAGGAUUUGGAUUUGGGUUUUAUAUUUGGGUUUUUAUUUCAAGUUCAACUUGAGUUUCAAUUUUGGGUUUCAAGUUCCUGCUGAUAUUUUAACCAAGGUGGUUUAUGUUAGGAAGUUUAAGGAAGCUUUAAAUUUCCAUGGGAUGACCGAGAGCAUCGGUGUCAUCCUACAAAAGCAUGGGUUUGCUUAACCUAAGUAAUGGAUCGUUUUUGAUGUCAUCAAGGGGGAGUUUGUUGGGAUUUGUCAAAGACUGCAUCAGAGACUACGUGAAGGAAUCCGUUAGAGACUUCGUCGGGGUUUGGUGAUGGAAAUCAACCAAGAUCGCAUAACUUAAACCAAGACAAGGACGUCAAAUUAGGAAAUAAAAAUAUCAUUUUCAUGGAGUUAUGGAAGUUGAUAGAAUCCUGGAAAUAUUACUUUCAUGGUUUAUAGAAGUUGGAAGUAUUUUGUAAAUAUUCCUAUUAGGUUUAUGGAAAAGGGCGAAUGCCCUAAUCCAACUAUGUAAAUGUAAUAUGGUUUAUGGAAGAGGAGCUUGUCUGUUCUCUUCUCUCUUGUCUAAGUAAGCCUAUUGUAAGCUUAUGAAAGAGAGAGGUUCUAUAUCUUUGUUCUUAAGAUUAUAGUGGAUUGCCUCUUGCCAGGACCCAUAGACAUAGCCAUUCUAGAUGAACUCUAGAUAAACAAUUAUUUGUGUCUAUCCUCUAUAUUUUCAAGUUCUUCUUAUGUUCUUCAUAAUUAUACAAAUUUAUAGUUUGUAACUUACGUCGGCGAAUCUGUCCGAAAAUGUGUCGGAAUUUGUGUGUUUGAUUAUGUUUUAAGGUCAAACAAUUUUGCUAACAAAGUGGUAUCAGAGCAAAGUUGGUGGUUAUCAAUGGCGAAAGCAAGAAUUGAGGUUGGACGGUUUGAUGGGAAGGGAGACUUCUGAUUGUGGAAAAAGAGGAUUCAAGAAGAGUCUACGUCACCUUCUGUAUCAGCGAUUCGGAAGGAUGAAGACGAAGAUGUUUACAUGGAGAAGGUGGUGAAAGAGGAAGCCGAAAGGCAUGAAAGAUCAGAGAAAAAGAUGAACCUAAUCAUUCUCAAUGUUGGAGAUCACGUGUUAAGGAAGAUCGAGUUGUGUACGUUAGCUGCUUCUACAUAUUCUAACUGGAGAGAUUAUAUCUUUCAAAGACUUUACCGAAUAGAAUUCACUUGCAACACAUAUUUUAUACAUUCAAGAUGGUUGAUAUUCGGAGUAUGGAUGAGAAUAUUGAUGACUUCUUGAAGAUUAUCUCUUACCUUUUAAGUGUGAAUAUAAAACUCUGUCAGAGGAGAUUCAAGCGGUUGUGCUUCUGAAUCCGCUUCCUUCACUGUUCAAAUCUCUCAAGGAAACACUUAAGUACGACAAAGACACAUUGUCGUUGGAAGGGGUGACAAGUGCAGUAAGGUCUAAAGAUUAAGAUCUCAAGACCUCUACGGCUUCACAUGAUAAUGGUGAAGGAUAUUAUGCUAGAGGAAGGACUGACAAGAAAGAUCCAGUGAGGAAUGAUAAGGGCAAUUCUAGAUCAAGCUCAGGGUCUAUAAUAUCUUCCUGGUUCUGCAAGAAAAAGGGAUACACCAAGAGGGAGUGUUAUGCAUACAAGAAGAAAUAUGGCAGAGUAGAAGACGAAGCUGAAGCAGCCGUUGUGAUAGAUACUUAUUCAGGGGAUGAUGCACUGUCGGUUUCAGAUAGGUGGCAUCAUGAUAAGUUGGUAAUUGAUUAUGGAUAUUCCUACCACAUGAUGUGUUGGUGGGAUUGGUUUCACACGUUCUAAGAGCUAACUUCGGGGCAAGUUCUUCUUGGUAAUGAUUGCACGGUUGGAGUGCAAGGGAUUGGUACAAUAAACAUCAAAGCUUAUGGUGGUUCUGUGAAGACACUCACGAAUGUGGGAACCAAAAUUCACAUCAUCGAUUACCAUAAUCGGAGGAAAGCUAGGAAACCCUAACUUUUCUUGAGGUCCCGGAUUCUGUGCGAGAACCAACGACAAGUGACCAAAUAAAUGCGGAAAAUAUGAAAAGAUAACAAAACAAAUUUACGGGGAAAGUAUAUCUUUAUUUCGAAUCUGUGUAAGAGCGUUGCGAUUAUUACAAGAGAUUAUAAAAGCUUCGGCCGCAAGAGCUGUCAGCGAGUUCCCUAGUUCUAGCCACCAACAACAAACGAAAAAGAUAAAAAUAAAGGUUUUGAUUGAUUUCGACUGAACCUUAUGAAAGGCUGCCUACGUACCCCUUUCGAAGAUCAAGCCGGACGUAGUUCAGUUGAAAGAGUGGAACAAGAAAUCAAACUGGCUGGGCGAGGUUGUCUAGUAAUCGAGUGCCAAUCAUAGAAACAUAACAUGUCGAGAAAAAUGCAUAGUGUUUCUAAGUGCAAAGAGUUGUAAGAUCCUAAAAGAAUCGUUUCUUCGAGAGAUUGAAUGAUCCUUUCCGAGAAGCUUCUCUUGUAAUACACUUAAACUACAAAUUUUUAGUGUUCUGUAUUUUUAUUUUCUUUUUAGAAAGGUUUCUCGAGGACUUUCCCACAUUAAUUUCAUCGUAAACAUUUUUUGACCCCAACAGCGGGCUAGCGGUCCAACUAGCCAUAGCCAGAUAUAGGUCCAACUCGCCUGAUGGCAAGUUGGCUAGCCAGCUAGCAGUCCAACUCGCCUGAUGGCGAGUAGGCUAGCUGACUAACCGUCCAAUUCGCCCGAUGGCGAGUUUGCUAGCCGGCUAGUGGUCCAACUAGCCAUAUGGCAAGUUGGCUAACAGACUAGUGGUCCAACUUGCCAGAUGACGAGCAGGCUAGCCGGCUAGCGGGAGAAUGCGCUAGUGGGCUAGAUGGCUCUUUUCUUCCGUUCUGAUUCUCUCUAUUGAUUGCUUCGUAGACUUUCAGAACUAUUUAGUUUGUUUUAUGUUUUUACGUAUGUAUUUUCCGAAAGCUAUUUCUCAGAAGUUUUUAGACGUAUAUUUUGCCAUGACCGAUUUUGACCCCAAUAGUUAGCCUCCCAGCUCGUAAGAUUUUACGUUUGUUCUCUUGCGAGGUAGUGAUAAGCGUAUUAAGUGGAAUCAACGGCUAAGAAGUUCCGUUGGAAUCAGUGGUUGGCUUACUCAUGAGAACGGAAUGUGAGAUGAUUGGGGCUGCGCCUUAUGAAGGCUGCCUACGUACCCUUGUCGAAGGGAUCAAGCCUUUCGUAGUUCGUCCUAGAGUUAAGGUUCUUAUGACAUGUUUUCUUGUGAGAACUUUACGGUCUAGUUGUGUAUCAUGUAGAGAUUAUCGGGCAUGUUGCUGCCGAUGGCAUUGUAUAUUGGACCUUUAUCAGCCUCGAGAGUAGCCUUGUUGGCUGUUUGGUUUGGUCGAGUGUGGUCACUUUUAUAUUUUCGCGAUUAGCUAUGUGUGGCUUUGAAUCCCUGCCUCUUCGCAGCUUCUUUUUAAUUAAUUGAGUUUCGUGUUUUAAGAGCAUAUUUGUAUUCGUGUGAAUGUAGAGGGAAGAUUAUGAGUUGUCAUCUCAUAUUCUAACUCUUUGCUAGAUCGUCGUAUUCGUUGUUCGUUUUAGGUGAAUUUGAAAAAUCUAAUUUUGCGAAGAUUCGUGAACGUUGGAAUAUAGGAAAAGACAACUUUUAGGAUCUCGUAUCGUUAGAUACCAUGCCCUGAGAUGCUAGAGACCAGUGUGCUGGGUUUAGGAUAAGACCUAGGUUUACCAUCAGUUUUAGGGUGUGCGAUGAAUACUUCGGUUUACGUAUCCCGUAUCCGAUUUCAACCUGAUUCGUACCGAUUUAUAGUCCGCGAUAGGUUCCCCGCUUAUACGACUUGUCUGGUAGGAAUCGAGCAUCUCUCCAACAACAAUUUCUAAGUUGAGAAAGUGUUGACCAAAAUUUCAUGUUUAUUCUAUAGCGCUAUUACCCUUCUGUCAGAUGUUUGAGAGCUAUCUUUAUGAAAUGGCUAAGUCUGUUGAGUCUUCACGAAGAAUACAUGUUUAAGGAGAUGUUAGUGCGUAUGACUGUUUGGUCUUCCAAGAGGGUGUCUUUAUCGAGGAAGGUAAUUUUGUCGACAAACGGUUGUUCAGGCAUCUACGACGUCCCAUGAUGCUGAAGAUUGGUUUUUCUUUCGUGUGCCGCAUUUUGUACUUGAAAUGUUUGCGGGCUUGAAGAUGUUUCACGAUAUUGCAAGGGUUUAGUCUUAACCCUGUUUGGAUGUAAAGAAGUUUGAUUAAUGAUAGAUGAAUUAGGACCAUGGGGUCGCAUAGAUUUGUCCCUGGGAAGAAGUGUUUUCCUUCACUGUGCUCUGUGAAGAGUUGGCCCCCGAAGAUUUAUUUCGUGUAUUCUUAAAGGAUGUUUCAUGUAGCUCUAGGAGCUAUGUUACAAAAUUUUCCUUACAUGUCACGUUUUAUGGGUAAAACGUUGGAGGCUAAGCUGAAUCGAAGAGUCUUUACCAUAUGAUUUUUGACAAUUUCAAGUUUUUCGUUAACUGUUUGGAUGUUAGGACUGAGUCUCAUUGUAAAGUCUUUAUCAUAUGAUUUCCAUUUCUGUGUUAUACCAUAAUAAAUUGCGUAAUCGUCACUUGGUAUUUUAGACAAAUCAGGGAUUGUCGUUUAGCCGUUAAGUGAUCGAUGGAGCGGUGGUUGCUGAAAUGCUUUGGCUUGGCAUGAAGGAUGUGUUCAGCCGCAUAGCCGAGGACGUAGCUGGUCAAGGAUUAGACCAUGGUACUUUCGUGUUAACAUGAAGGUCAUGUUAGUUUAGAAUUUUCCUAAAGGGGACGCCGAAUUCUGGUUCGGACUUUUACUGGAAGGCGCAAUUGGCCGAGGGCCAAAGAGCGUUUUGAGAUUGAUAGACCAAGUAUGCACUGGUUGCCCUUGUUAAUAUGGCCGAUAGUUGUAGAAAACGAUUUUUUGCUUUAGGUUUCAGUUAUCCAAUAAAAAUGUUUCGUAUAAUGUUUCAUAUAGUUGUAUGAAUAUUGUUUCGUUUUUGUCUGAGGAAGGCGAAGCCUAAGAGGUUUGAUACAUAACCCGUGCGGAGUCAGUUUCAGGAUGAUUGCAUGCUCGGAUGUGACUGAGGGGAAUGAAAUGCAGAAGCAAGCGAGCCGCAUGGCUAAUAAAUGAGAUCUAUAAGAUCGUAGUGUGAAGAGAUAAAGUUUAGAUUGGUCGUGUAAUAACCAUCUUUAAAGAGUAAAACACAUACAAGGAAAAAUCAUGUAACAGCCGAGAAAAUUACUCAUAUAAGUGGAAGUCGGAUUAAUCUUUUUCCGUGGAUGGUUCUGGAUCCCAAGGUACAUAAGAAAAAUUUAGAAAGUCUUAGAAUAGUUUUACAUCUGAAGAAUUAAAUUCUUCAAGAAAUUUAGUAGAUUGAAAAUGCUCACGGUUCGGCCUAGAAAUUCUUAGUCGGACGAGAAAAUUAAUCGAAAAUUUAUUAUAGAGCCUUAAGAAAGGAAUGAACUUAGAAUUAAUUUAGAAAUGUUUUAGUCUAAUAAAUCUAGGAUUUUUUCAAAGAUAAACAUUCCCGCCAGCUCGGAUCAGCUUAUAACACAUUCGGGAUUUAAAUACGGCCCAUUUGGACCCAAGUGUUAAGCGUGUUUGAAAGCUUCCAGAAGAUGCAGCUACUUGCUUACCUCCUUCAAGCAGCUGGACAUGUGUUUCUCCUUGACUGGACCACCUCUAAGCAAUUCUUGUCUCAUUUCUAUUGGAUGCUUUGGUGGCUAGCCAUAAAGCAGGGUUUUAUUUGCCAAAAUUGUGGCUAAGACACCAAGUUGUCUCCUAUCGGUUGGUUUGGGAGGCAGAGACACCUCCUGCUCUCCAUGCACGACCAAAACCCUCCCAUGAGAUCAUUCUCCAGCCUAUAAAUAGCAGACCACCCCCAUGAGAUCAUUCUCUAGCCUAUAAAUAGCAGACCACCCCCUUAAGUUCUAGAGUUUUCCCGAUAAAAGUUCAAAGUGAAGCCGACCGCGAGAUAGGAGAGUUUCCAGUCCGAAACUUUCUUCUAAGUGUCGAGGUGAGUCGCAGUUAUGGAUUAUGAUUGUUGUGUUUGCGGUGAGCGCCAGAAAAUAAAAGUAUUGCUAGGUUGCAUGUUUAGAUAUAUAAUGAUAUGAUAAUGAUUGAUGUUUGUGAAAGAUAUUGCGCUAUAUCGUCGGGCCUCGGCUCGAGGGGUAUAACAUGUUUCUGAUACAUUGAUAUUGUGUUUCAUAUACUUGUGUCAUUGCAUUAUAUUGUUUGGGCUUCGGUUCAGAUAAUAUAACAUGUUUGAUCAUGUCUUAACGGGGAAACCGUAAAUCCAUGGACUUGAUCUGUGAGGGUCCGACACUCGGGUGGACUGUCGUGAGAGUCAUUGGUGUCCACUCGAGGCCCUUUCCUUGUCUGGGGCCUUACCAAAAUUAUUUCUAGGCAGGACGUGAAGACACUUGUGAUAGCGCUAGCUACCCUCGACCGUGUAGCUGCAUGACGAUGCAGCAAGUGUGUUAUCCGGGACAUCGACUAUUAGAUGUUUAGAGUCAAUGGGCGCAAGAAGGGAUAUGUUAUGGACUUCAUAUCAAGAUAGAACCAAUGGCGAGAGGCAGUCCUCGACGAUCAAUAAUGAUCUAACCACUCGUGAAGAGUGGAUGCUUGUUUACGUGAUUGCUUUAUUUUUGCAUUGCAUAUUUCUUAAUAUAAUUGAUCUUUGUUGCUGGAUGUUUGAUGCAUAAUGGAGGGGGGAUAAAUAAUUGUUAGGAAACCCGACUCACAGAGCAAAAUAGUUACUCAUCAGACUCUUUUUUUGCAGGUAACCUGUAGUAGGUUCCAUUUGGGAUCGGAGGAGCACAAAGCUGUUGGCGUUGAUUUUCUACCUUUUACAAACAUGUAUGUUUUGUAAUACGUAAGAUAUGGUUUUGAAUAUCGGCCGAACAUGUAUAAAGUUUUGAUGUGGUUGAACUUAAAGGAUAUAUGAAUAAGAAAAAGUUUGUGAAAUGCUUGGAUUCCAUAUGAUACUAGUCCUAGUCCGAGACAAACUAACUAACAAUUUCAAAUUCGGGUUGCAAAGCCUUAACUUGGAAUCGCUAGGAAACCCGUUCUUGGACAUAUGAUCUUGGGAUUUUGGAUCUGAUCCGAGAACCUCAGGUCAAAUGUUUAGGCAUGUGGUAGUAGUAUCUUCGAUCUGGUUAGAGUUCUUUAGUUCAUCGUGCAUGUUCUUGUUUGAUUGGAGCAUGGCAAACUAAUUAACUUUUACUUAUUCCAGAUCGGGGGUGUUACAACUAAGGUGGUAUCAGAGCAUGGUUUACUUUGCUCACUUGGAAACCUGUUUUCAAUAAUUUAUCGAGUCAAAGGUGUCUCAAAAGGUAGAAUAGGAAACCAACAUGCUCCUUUGUUAGAUAAGUUGGGAUUAGUACUUACCUUGGGUUGUACUACUGUAUGUUUCAAAGACGUACAAGGAGUGAGGAGCCAAUGAUGACACCACCAAGAUAUGGACAAUGUAAUUCUGAAAACCGCUGAGUCUAUUCAAACCUCGAGGUAACAGAUGAUUCUGUGAUAGCACAAGGAAAUAAUCAUUACUAUGAACACGAACAUGAGUCGACAGGGAGAAAUCCGACGGAUUCACAUAUGGGCUAUGAGCAAGGAGAACAAUAUGAGGAUUUGAGGUAGAGGAAUCAAGCACCUGAGAUGUAUGGAUCAAGGCGGAAUUAUGCAACUUCACAUAAUCCAAGGCGGAAUGAAAGGACGCCCGAGCCAUGUUGUAGGCAAGAACAGAGGACAGCUGGGAGUUUGGAUCCUCUUAUAGUAUUGGUGCAAGGCUUGCUAGGUAGACUUGAUCAGAGAAACGAUGAAUCAUCAGAGCAAAGACCAUCAUCCCCUCCUGAUUACCUGAAGAUGGUCACAUUAAUGAAGAAGUUUGGAACCGUUAGAUACCCUGGAGGAACAUAUCCCUUCGAAGCGUCAGCAUGGCUGAGGAAUUUGAAGAAAAACGUCUGGGCUAUCCACUACCCUGAUAAUUUCAAGAAGGAUGUGGCAAUAUACUACUUGACCAAAGAUGCUUCUGAUAGAUGGGAUAAUGUUGAAGAAUACUAUAUGGGAAGAGAGAUCAAUUGGGAAGAUUUUAAAAAGGAGUUUGAGCGGAAAUACUUCCCACCUAAAGCAAAAGACCGAUUGGAGAUUCAAUUCUUGGAGUUAACUCAAGGCAACCGCAAAGUAAGGGAAUAUGAGGCAGAUUUUACAAAGCUAAGGAAAUAUUCUCCUUAUGGACCAAGGAAUGAAGGUGCACUAAUUCGAAGGUUUAUAAGAGGAUUGCGAGCGAAUUUGGCUAGCCGACUGCAAGUAGUGGAGUUUCAUAGCCUUUAUGAAUUGGUGGAGAUAGUGGUAAAUGUUGAAGGUAUAGAAAAGGAACAAGCCAUAAUGAAGCAUGUAGAGCCAUCUCGCAGAAGUGAAGGGCUAGGAAUACGAAGAAUGAAUAAUAAAGGACAUUUUAAUCGAGGGAGAGGCCGAGGAAGAAGGAAUGACAGAACGAAUGGUCCAAAUGUGUGUUACACUUGUGGUGAUACAUGCCAUUUUUCUAGAAGUUGUCCUUAUAGUGAGGGAAGGAAAACCCCUGAUUAUAUUACUUGGUUCUCGUGUGGUGAGAAUAGGCAUUAUGCCAAGUUGCCCCCAUAAGAGACAUGUAACGCUUCCAGCACCACCCACUAGACUAGCGAUUCAACCAUCCCCAAAGCGCCAGGCAAUUGGAAAGAAAGUGAAUGGUUUAGAGUUAGGAAAGCCCGAAGCACAACAGCCCCACCAAGGUAAGUAGGGUUUUAACUCAUUGCUGGUUUGUGUGAAUUUGAUGCAUGAAAUAUAAAAUGUGAAAUAAAUAUUGUUAGGAACAUUGUGUGUUGGUUGAUUAUGUGCAUGUUCUCUUUGACUUGCGUGCCACACAUAGCUUUGUGAUACCUGAGGUAGUGUCGAGUUUUAAGGGAACCUUUAUUAGAGUUAAGGUAGGUGUUUCGAUUAGAACCCCUAGGAACCAUAACCUUCAUGCCGAUAGUUGUGUACUUGGGAUUCCAAUCCAUGUGGGAUCAAUGGUAUAUCCGACAUACCUGCUAGUUGUUCGUUUAGGACAACAUGAAGUGACUGGCUGUCGAGAUACUACGCGCAGUUGGAUUGUGGUUGAGGAAGAAUUACACUUGAAGAAAGAGGACAACCAUCAACGUAUACUAUGGGAUACAUCCAAGUUCUGGAGUAUCACGUGUAUCUGCUUUAUGAGUUAAGAAUGAUUUGAUCAAGGGACACAGUUGGAAGAGAUACUAGUAUUAAUACAAUACCAGGAUGUAUUCCAGCAAUUGGAAGGAUUUUCCCCACCACGAAGUGAUCCUUUCACCAUUACAUUAGAGCCGAGAGCAGCCCCAAUAGUGAAGGCACCUUAUCGAAUGGCUCCAGCUGAGCUUGCUGAAUUAAGGAAGCAGUUGGAGGAUUUGAUAGAUAAAGGAUUUAUUAGACCGAGUUCUUCACCAUGGGAAGCACCAGUCUUAUUUGUGAAGAAGAAAGACGGCACCAUGCGGUUAUGCAUCGAUUAUAGAGGGAUUAACAAUGUUUCAGUAAAGGACAAGUAUCACUUGCCAAGGAUCGAUGAAUAUAUGGAUCAGCUUCAUGAGGCAAGCUGAUUCUCAAAGAUAGAUUUGGCAUCAGGAUACCAUCAAAUCCCUAUAUCAGAGUCUGAUAUCAUGAAGACGACUUUUAGGACCCGGUAUGGCCACAAUGAAUUUGUGGUAAUGCCGUUUGGUCUUACAAAUGUGUCAAUUGCUUUCAUGUGCUUGAUGAAUGAUUUAUUUUGUGAUUACUUGGAUAAAUUUGUAAUCACCUUCAUUGAUGAUACUUAUUUAUUCCAAAAGUAAAGAGGAACGUGCAGUUUUGUAAGUUGUUCGCCAAGUUUAGUAAAUGUAGUUUCUGGAAAAUGGAGAUUGGAUUCCUUGGUCAUCGAGUGUCAGAGAAGGGUGCUGCAGUAGAUCCUGAAAAGGUUGAAGUAGUUAAGGAUUGGCCACGCCCUACCAGCGCUACCGAGGUUCGAAGCUUUCUAGGAUUGGCUGGGUGUUAUCAGAAGUUUGUGAGAAAUUUUUCCAUCAUGGCCAAACCCUUGACGAGGUUGACUGGGAAAGAUAUAUCAUUUAGAUGGGAUAAGAAAGAGGAAAAGGCUUUUACACAAUUAAAGGAAGCUUAGACGACAACAACCUAUUCUCGCAUUACCUACUCCAGGAAGACCUUACACUACAUACACUGAUGCUUCUCGAGUAGGACUGGGUUGUGUACUGAUGCAUGAUGAAAAGGUCAUUGCCUAUGGUUCAAAACAGUGAAGGAAGAACGAGGAGAAUUACCCCACCUACGAUCUAUAGAUGGCCGUAGUGGUAUUUGCUUUAAAAAUAUGGAGAUCCUAUCUUUAUGGCGAGACGAUUCAAAUCUUUACUGAUCACAAGAGUCUCACGUAUCUCUUCACUCAGUCAGAAUUGAAUUUGAGACAAAGGAGAUGGAUGGAGUUUAUCAUGGAUUAUGACUUACAAAUCCAAUAUCACCCAGAAAAGGCGGAUGUGGUAGCAGAUGCACUAAGUCAGAGGAGAAGUGAUACAUCUAUUGAGAAAGACUUAGAAGCCUCAAACGCAGAAUUCAAGAUGGUUAGUCUUUCAGCCAUAGAGGGCGAGGGCAGCGAGCCAUUGGGAUUACGAGCAGUGAAUCAAGAAAACCUCUUGCAAAUAAUUCGAGAAGAGCAGAAGGAAGAUGUGAAGUGUUGGGGUCAAAAACGGUUACGACAGAAUUACCACCCGAAAAUCCUCGGAGAUUGUAUUUCCGAAAGAGAUAGUAAAAAGAAAGAUAUAACUUUCGUAAAAUAUAACCAAUACGAAGUUUUUACGAAGAAGUAUCCUUGAAGAUUCAAACCAAACAAACCAAGCUCGGUCGUUGCGUAAUUACCGCGCAUACACGCCGUC